GCUGAGCCAUGCGGUCACAUGCUGAAUGAGCUCGGACUCCGCUGCCCUCUGAGAGCUGCGAAGAGCAGUGAGGAGCAGUGAGGAGCCUCAGCGCUGCCGCAUCCUCUGCUUCAAUGAUCCAGCGCAGGCAGAACGGGCUUAACUGGGGAAGUAGCUGGAAAAGCGCCGCGCCUUCCAGGACUGAGAGAAGAGCAGCGCUGAGGAAAUGAUCUGAGAGCAGAGAAACUGAGAAAGUAAGAAACUCCAGCGCGCCGUUCUUCAACACUGGAGGCAGCUUUAACUCUUCAGCGCGAAAAUGGGCUGCAGUAAGGUGUGUGUAGCCACAGUUGGAGCAGCUGUCGUCAUCACACUCAUAGCUGUGCCAACAGCCAUUUAUGUCCACAGGAGUGACUCUGGUUCAAAAAGGACUUACACAUUUGAUGACUUUUAUAAUGAUACUAUUAGGUACCAGACAUACAGUCUGCGGUGGAUUUCAGACAAUGAAUACCUCCAUAAAAGCAAAGAUGGCAACGUGUAUCUGCAUAAUGUGGAGACAAUGGCAAGCUCAUUAUACUUGAGCAACUCAACAUUUGCUGAAGUGGAUGCCUCAGGUUACAUAGUGUCUGCUGAUAGGAAAUUCAUCUGUUUUGAGAGCAAUUAUUCAAAGCAAUGGAGACACUCCUACACUGCCUCAUACUCCAUAUACAAUAUGGAGACUCAGGCUUUCGUCACACCUGUUCACAUCCCUCAAGUCAUCCAGUUAUUAAUGUGGGCCCCUGUGGAAAACAAGCUGGCUUAUGUAUGGGAUUAUAACAUUUACCUCAAAUUGAAUGCCACUGCUGAGCCCAUACAGAUAACCCAGGAUGGAAAAAUCAAUCAAAUUCUCAAUGGAGUUCCAGACUGGGCGUACGAAGAGGAGGUGUUUGUGUCAAAUGAGGGGAUGUGGUGGUCUCCCACAGCAAAGUACCUAGCUUAUGUGCAGAUUAAUGACACAGAUGUGCACGCAAUUGAGUACUCUAUGUAUGGAAAUGGACAGUAUCCCAUUACCAUGAUAGUGCCGUACCCCAAGGCCGGCUCCAACAUUCCAAAAGCAAGGCUGUUUGUUGUUCAUGCCGCAAAUCCAUCCAUUCGCUCAGAGGUGGUGGUGCCAAAAAGCAUUGGGGCAGGUGAUCACUACCUGAGUUCAGUAACGUGGGUGACUGAUGAGCGCAUUGCUGUGCAGUGGCUGACUAGAAGACAGGAUCAGGUUCUUCUGCAGCUCUAUGACUAUGAUGGAACCAGCUGGAAGGAAAACAUAAAAUUUGAACAGAAGAGUAAAACAGGCUGGGUUGGUCGGUACAACCCGCUGACUCCUUACUUUGCCGCAGACAACAGUAGUUUCUACAAGGUGAUGAGUGAUCCAAAGGGCUACAAACAUCUCCACUAUGUGAAAGGUGGGAAAGCUGUAGCGAUAACUUCUGGCAAAUGGGAAGUCAUUUACAUUUCAAAAUUAACUAAAGAUGCCAUCUACUAUGUGAGUAAUGAGCACAUGGGAAGACCAGGGCAGAGAAACCUUUACAAGAUAUCCUUCAGCAGCAGUGGUCACUCUGCCCCUGAAUGCCUCACCUGCUUUCUCUACAAGGACAGGUGUCAGUUCAAUUCAGCGUACUUCAGCCAAAACGCCUCCUACUUCCGCAUGGACUGCUACGGACCAGGACUGCCACUCUUUACUCUUAUGGAUAACCGAGGAGUUCGUAAAGAAAUUCAGGUACUUGAAGACAACAAGAAACUGGAACAGAUUCUGGCCACAGAAAUCCAAAUGCCAACUAUAAAACGUGCCACACUAAAGAUAUCAGGAUUUGAUUUCUGGUACCAGAUGAUGUUCCCUCCAAAUUUUGACACAUCCAAAAAAUACCCUCUUCUGAUCCAAGUCUAUGCAGGUCCAGCAAGUCAGUAUGUGGACUACAAGUUCAGGUUGGAGUGGGCCACUUACCUCUGCAGCACAGAGGACGUCAUCAUCGCCAGCUUUGAUGGAAGAGGAAGUGGUUUCCAAGGCGAUGAAAUAAUGCAUGCCAUAUACGAAAGGUUGGGCACGUAUGAGGUGGAAGAUCAGAUCUCAGCGGUGAGGAAAUUCAUCGACAUGGGCUUUAUAGACAAGGAGAGAAUUGGAAUGUGGGGAUGGUCAUAUGGUGGCUAUGUGACCUCCAUGGUUCUGGGAUCAGGGAGCGGCCUGUUUAAAUGUGGAAUCGCUGUGGCUCCCGUUUCCAAGUGGGAAUAUUAUGAUGCUGUGUACACUGAAAGGUACAUGCACGGUCCUGAGGAGAAUGCUGACAGCUAUAACAAUUCCACCGUAACAGGCAGAGCGAAGAAUUUUAAAUCAGUGCAAUACUUGCUGGUGCAUGGCACUGCAGAUGAUAAUGUCCAUUUCCAGCAAGCUGCUCAGAUCUCUAAAGCACUGGUGGAGCAGCAGGUGGACUUUGAGGCCAUGUGGUACACAGAUAAAGACCACAGCCUGUCUGGCAAAGCCCGCUACCACCUCUAUAAACACCUGAGUCACUUUCUUCAGAAGUGCUAUGCUGAGAAGAAAUAGAUCAUCACAGAUGUCAGAAGAUGUUUGUAUUGACCUUGAACUGUGUAACAAACAUGUAUAUAACUUAUGUGGAAAUGUUACAAAUGUACAAACUGAGACUUGGAAUGCUGUGUACAUGCAGCCGUUUUUAGGAUAUGAUUAUUUUUUUCCUCUGUUUGGCUGCUAUUCUGUAUCCUCUUGCUGGAUGUUGAUGAAGCCAAACAAGUGUGUUAUUUGUGUGUAGCAUUUGCAUGUUUGUUUUUUAAUAUGUAUAAAGAAUAUUACAGCGUUACAGAAAAUGUGACAUUGUUUGUGAUGUCUGGUUAUUUCAGGGUUUUCUUGCACUGAACUCAAUGUGUAGCCUGAAGACUUCAGUAUGAUCUGCAUAUCGGUUUGAAAGUAAUGAUUGAGCUAUUCUGAAGAAAGUGCUUCUGAUACAUUUGUGGUAUUGGAAUGCAAAGUGUAACUCUAUAUAGGUGUUUGCAAAUAUCCAAAUAAAUGAUGAGACAAAACAUUUCA